CCCUCCAGUCACGUCGACGCCCCUUAAGAGAUACAAUCACCAACAUCUUCCCUCAACGUGCCAUGACGACACCAAAGACCAAGAAAAUCGACGGCUUUAGCUCAACGCAGCGUGCUGGAUCAGGUAGCGCGACUAAGAAGCCCAAAUUGCGCACUGUGAAGUUCGAUAUUGGCUCAGACUCGGACCAGCCGCCGGCAAAGAGGCGAAAGGCGUCGGGAUUCUCGCGAACGCCCGUGUUUGAUCUCUCCAGUUCGCAGAUGCCCCAGUCAUCCCAGAACAAACUGAUCUCCAAGGGAUCAUCUUUGUCCAAGCCGAGGGAGAAGGACGUCAAAGGGAAGGGAAAGGCCAAGGCUGCGCCGGCGCCCGCCCCCAAGUCCUCUGUGAUCGUCGUACAUGACAGCGACUCCGCCACAGAGUCGGAAGAGGACAUGGGCGCAGUCGCCGUAGAAAAGGGGAAGAGACCUGCUGCUGCUGCUGCUGCUGCCAGCAGCGGCAGCCGUAAGGAGGUCAGGGGGUAUGAGGACGAAGAGGAGGACGACCAGCUCUGGGUGGACAAGUAUCAGCCGACAUGCGAGGCAGACCUCGCAGUACACAAGCGCAAAGUCGAGGACGUGCGGCGCUGGCUCGAGGAGGCGUUCGAGGGCGGGCCGAGCGGGAAGCUGCGCAAGUAUAGGAGGAUUCUGGCGCUAACGGGACCGGCUGGGACAGCCAAGACCGCGACGCUGCGCGUCCUCGCGCGCGAGAUGGGCUUCGAGAUCGUCGAGUGGCGGAAUGGAGCGAACGAGCGCCCGUGGACCGCCAACUCCAUGAACAUAGAUGGGGAUGUAGACGCUGACGACCUCCCGGCCUUGGUCGACACCGAGUCGACCAUGGACAAGUUCGAGGCGUUUCUCCUCCGCGCGUCCGCGUGCAGCAACAUAUUCUCCGCUGCGCCGUCCUCCUCGACUCCUGCUGUGUCUUCUGCUUCUACGUCCACAUCCGCUGCUCCUCUUGCGUCUGUGGCGUCUACGUCCUCACGUCCCGCCCGACGCACGCUCAUCCUCCUCGAAGACCUCCCCAACGUCCUGCACGCGCCCACGCAGGCGCGGCUGCGCACCGCCCUCGCUGCCUUCGCCUCCCCUUCCUCCAAUAACAACACACCCGGUCCACCGCUCGCGCUCGUCAUCUCCGACUCGGGCGCCGGCACCGGCGCGGGCGACACGGCGGAGUGGGACACGACCGGCGGGCGGUACGCGGCGUGGAGCAGGGGCAGGAGGGAGGUUGUGGAUGUGCGGAGUGUGCUUGGGCCGGAGGUGUUGGGGAUGCCGGGGGUGAUGCAGGUUGCGUUUAAUCCGGUUGCGAAGACGAUUAUGGGGAGGGCGCUUGUCGGGCUUGUGGGAAGGCAUUUUGACGGUGCUGGGCGAGGUUCUGGGAUGGGCGUGGGGACGGGGCUGUCGCAGGAGUUGUCGCGGUCGUCGAUAUCGAAUUCGCAGCGCUCGCUGGGAGGAAAGGGAAAAGGAAAGUCGAGGCAGAAACAGAAGCAGAAGGGCAAGAAGCCCUCGCGCGAGGUCCUCGAUCUCAUCGUCGAGUCGGCCAACGGGGACAUUCGGAGCGCGAUCAUGGCGCUCCAGUUUGCGUGCCUCGUCGAGCUCCCUGGGUCUUCUUCCUCCGCUGCUACGGGCGGCUCGUCGAGGAAGGGCCCGAACAAGGGCGGGACUGGCAACGCGGCGGCAAAAGCAGCAGGGGGAGGGACGUCGGCGCGCGCGGUGCUGGAGGCGGUGACGCGCCGCGAGCAGAGUUUGGUGUUGUUCCAUUUGAUGGGGAAGGUGUUGUACAAUAAACGCAAAGGCGACCCUCCAUCCUCGCAUCUCUCCGCUAAAGACGCGUCCAAGGAGCGUGCAUUAGAUGCUGCGCUCCCGGACGAGCCAGCGCUCCCGUCGUGGCUCGUGGAGGAGCACGGGAGACGGCGGAGCCGCGUGGAUGUCGAGCAGCUCGCGGCGGACGCGCCGAUCGACGCGGGGAUGUUGGCGCUGUACGUGCACCAGAACUACACGCUGUUCUGCGACGAUGUUGACCAGUGCGGGGCGGUGCUCGAGGGGCUGAGCUGGGGGGAUUGGGUCGGCGGGAGCUUCCCCUCGAAUCCAUACGCGUUCCCCACCGUCGCGCGCUCGACGCUGCACGCGCUCCCGUCGCCUGUGACGAGGCGCGGGCAGAAGGUGUGCAAGCCCGCGUGGUUCGCCGCGCGCACGGCCGAGCUCGACGCCGCGGCGGGCGUCGGAGACGUCGUUUCGUGGCUCGCACGGCGUCGGAAUCCAGGCACAUCAGCAUCGUCUUUGCUAUCGUCCUCUUCUUCUUCUGGGCCAAACGCAGAAGCAGAGACAGAGGACGAACGGGGCGACGGCAGCACCGGCGGCUGGGGCCGCUGGGCGUGCGCCGAGGUCGCGACGGAGCUCGGCGGGUGGCUCGGUGCCGCGGAGCGCUGCUUCUCGGCGUCUCAGUCCGCCGCGAGGGGGGAUAUGAAGCUGCCGAGGACCCAUAGACUCUUCUCGUCGCUCCCGUGGACGGAGGGUGGGCUUGGCGGAGAGAUGCUCGGCGAGGAUGAGGAUGGGGUGGACCAGGCGUUUGAGGAGGACGAGGGGACGGGGUGGCUGGGUGCAGGUCUGGACGAGGAAGAAGAGACGAAGGGCUGGUUGGACGACGAUGAUAUAGAGGAGGAGGAGACGUAG